CUCUGCAGGUUUCACAGCCUCAGUCUUUGUGUCUCAUCAUGGAGGAGCAGCAGAGGACUGGAUCCGUCUGAACCAGAACACAGAACCCGCACAAACCCCCGAACCAUCCCGCAGUCUGCCCGGACCCGUCUGAACACCGCGGAUUUGACGCAUCUGGACCAGAACCGGACCCUCCUGAGGAGAAACUGAUCCAACAUGAAGCAUUUUCUCAGAGUUCUGACCCAGUUCUUUGUCUUCCUCUACUGUAAAUGUCUCUGGCGGGGCCUGAAGUUUGUCGUCAGGAAGUUUACGGGUCGCUGUGAGCUGCAGCGGAUCUGCUACAACAACAAGCAUGGAGCUCGCAGGACCCUCAAGAUCGAGUCAUCCCUGAGGCACUCCAAAUAUGAAAUGCUGCAGUCCGCCCUCAGCGUCCAUCCUGAUAAGGUGGAGAAGACCAUCGAGGACAUCAUGGCCUUGAAGAAGAUUAAUCCGGACACCAACCCACAGCUGGGGGUCUCCCUGCAGGCCAGCCUGCUGCAGAUCGUAGGUUAUAGGAGUCUGCUGGCCGAGGUGGAGAAGCUCCGCAGGGAACCGUACGACUGUGAAAACCCUGAGCACGAGGAUACGCUGAUGAAGCUGUGGAAGGAGCUGCGCCMUGACACCCCCCUCGCCAGUCGCAUCUCCAAACAGUGGUGUGAAAUCGGCUUCCAAGGCAGCGACCCCAAGACUGAUUUCAGAGGCAUGGGCCUGUUGGGCCUGCACAACCUGCUGUAUUUCGCAGAACAUGACAAGGCUACAGCUCUGCAGAUGCUCCAGGAUUCUUUACAGCCAAAGCACAAGAGCUCACACAGAAAGCCAAGUGAGGGGAACAGGCCUGACUGGGAGCAGAAGAACCUGGACAAGGCGAUCGGCUACUCCUUUGCCAUCGUGGGCAUCAACAUCACAGACCUGGCUUACUCUCUGCUGGUGGGCGGAGCUCUGAAGACUCACCUGUACAACGUGGCCCCUGAAACACCCAACCUGCUGCACUUCCAGCAGACCUUCUGUUAUCUGAUGCAGGAGUUCCACCGCUUCUGGAUCGAGGAGGAUCCCAGCGACAUCAUGGAGUUCAACCGGGUUCGCUCCAAGUUUCACCGGAGGAUCCUGAGGCAGCUGAAGAACCCGGACAUGGCCCUGUGUCCCCACUUCUCUGCCUCCGACCUCCAUAUGGUCAACCUCUAAGCGCCACACCUUCGCCGUGUCCUUCAUCAUCCUCACCGGAGAGUCUCCGAAGGGUGCUCAGUUAACAAAAAACAAAAGUCACAAUCAUGGUUUAAAGUGCUGCUCAUACCUGAGGAGACUCUCUGCCCAGCUAACGUCAUGUCGCAUCACUGCCAACAGAUCACCGAACACUCGAACACAUUAUCCAGUCUUAAGACUUGAGUAAUAGUCCAGAUACGUAUUUCUCUCCGUUUGAAAAUAAAACUAAAGGAAAAUCAGUCAAAAUACAUAAAACAAAAGUUGCUCUUGUUUAUAUUAUUUUAAGUGUUUAACCUUUAGGACAACAGAAGGAUAAUGACAACAAAACAGAACAAAUAGUACAGGAAAAACUGGUUAAAAAGUAUUUAAUUGUUGUAAAUGUAUCACUGCGUACUUAAUAGGCUAUAAAGAAAAAACUGRGUUCCAUAUCACUAUUAUAAACAGACUCUGUCAAGUUUACAAGUUCCCURUCAUUUCCCCCCUAAACAUUACGUUUGUCCUUCAUCCUAACUCAAACGCUCCAUAAGAUAAUUAUUUACAUAAAAACACUUAUUUUUAUUUACCUCAAACAGUUCACGUUUUAUGUUCGGCUCUAACUUCGUCCUGGUUUAAGUUUAUCCUGUCAUGUUAAGUUAUUACUUCUGUUUUUAUUUUAUUUCUCUCCUUUCAGCAGAGGUGGGCACAGCUAACAGAAAAGUUAGCUUCGCCAACCCAUAAUCUGCUAAGAUGACUGUCAGUCUGCGUCAUGUCUUCGUCUCCUUCGAGCUGACGACAGGUGUUAGCUUGACUUAAAGUUGGCAUCACUUAAUUUAGCAGAAACUAAUUAGUCCGCUAAUGGUUUUAGAGUUAGUGAAAAAGCUAAUGCGCUAAAUGAAAAAUUUGUUUCCCUGUUAGUUGAUGAGCAGAAUCAUGCCCACCACUGCCUUUCAGCUUGUCUUAACUAGUUCCUACUUCCCACACCUGCUUCUAAUUUGUUAAUCGUCUAUAGCCUUUAGCUUACACAGUAUUUUACAGCCAGAAACACCCACCCCCACCCCACCCCCGAACAUAAGUUAAGCCUAAACUUGAAUCUGAAACCUGUGAACCAUGAACCUGAUGAACAACAUGAAGACAUGAACACACACUGCCUCUGCCUUCACUGCAGCGUCAGACCACCAGCAUCAAAGAUGACCUUCGCGAUUGUAGCUGUGCACGACGAGGCUCCAUCACACCGUCACGUCUCAUUGUUGCUUUAAAAUUCACGACGAUUGUCUCACGCCUUUUCCACAUCAGCUUUGAACAAGUUGCUUAUUUUAAAACAUUACCCAACUUUACUUUUCUCUACAUAACAAGGAAAAAUGUUGUGGAUUUUUAAUCGAUUAGAAUCUUAACUAUUAGCUUAGCUUCUAAUCUAAGCUAAUUGAUUCUUAUGCUGAUUAGGUGUUAGUUUUUCAAUCUGGUCAGAUAUUUUUCCAAAACUGAAAUUAUUCAAUGAACUAUGGACAACUUAUUAUAUUAAUUGUUUCUACUUCAAGAUAUCUAAAAAUAAAAAUUCCUAAUCUGUUGUAAAAGUUUCCUGGCACUGACUGAAACCUAUCUAACUGUAUUAUCAAACUGCUGAAGCUUAAAGUUUUACUUUUUAUGUCAACAAAACCACCUUAGAUUUCCCUUUUUAUCCAAAUUAUUGAAUGUGCACAAAUUCAGCAGCAGUUUGUUUCUAAUGAACUUAAGUUUAAGAAGCCAAAAAGGUUCAUAAUCAAUAUAAAAACCAAAAGAUCUUCAUCUUAACCUGAAUAUCUUGACAUUUUACUUUUACAUGACACGUUAUUGUAGACAAAGUAUUGUGUUUUGCACUUUUUUGGAAUGUUUAAUCACGAUUGUUUGAUUCUGGUUUAUUUAUUGAAUGUGACACUGUGUCCAUUGUUGAAUCAGCCAAAGCAAUAAUUUACAUUUGUUUCAUAUUUUUAACUUGUUUGUUUGCGCCAUGCGUGCCUCUGUAUUUUUUAUUUAUUUGUUUAUUUAUUUGUAUCAGAGCUGGUAUGUUGAUCAAAUAAUAGCUGAUAAAUGUCAAGUUAGAGUAUUUUUUAUUAUUAGGAACAAAUACUGGCGCUGUGGGACUACAGUGUUGACAAAUGAUCUUAAAAAUAUAGAUUUAGCGCUGAUGCUAAGCUAAAAAUUAAUUAAUUGACAAGUUGUAAGACCCAAUAGUUUUACUUU